AUAUUUCCUCCCCGCAGUGUUGUUUUUUGUCACGCAAAAAUUAAUGUUGACACAAGCCGGGCAAUUCACGCAUACCAGCAAUUCAUGAAUGCUUUCACUUUAUAAAUUCCAGUUUUCUUGCAAGAGCGCCAGUUUACUGAGGUUAACGUUUAUCCAGCUCUUCAUGGCUCAGGUUCCAGUUCAAUGUUACAUUUUACUCGCCUUUCUCAGUCGAUUGUUAUGCCUUGCCUCAGGUAAGCCGUACUUUAUUUAAUUACUGUUAACUGCAUUCUACGUGACUAAAGCGAGUAUGUUUGUGAAUAAAGCAAACAGUCGUUCAUGCGUUUAUAUCGCAGAACCCCAAGGUUUAAGUUACUGUUUAUGAUCUCUCAAAUUGUAGAAAUAAGCAACGCUUAAAAGAACCAAGUCAAUCAACUAUCAAGAGCGAGAUUACCAUGAUUACAACUCAACAUCGCCACAUGGAACGCGAACAGUUGCUCUUGAGAGGCCCAGCAAUAGGGAAUUGUAACAAACAGAUCUCUAUGUGGGCUAGAAAGGUUAAACCAAAGAUAAAUCGGCAGAGAAAGUUACAGUUCGCCGGAGGCCAUCAGUUGAUGGGCUCCUGAAUUUGCUAAUUGAUUCUUACUCCUCGCUCCAAAUCUAACCAUUUCAUUGAUCGGUCACUCAUAUUACUUGUCCCGUAGCAAUUCUUUUAUUUAUCGGUUUCUAUGGUAUAAAUUUUAAAAUCACGUAAAGCUUUCAGCAUAAUGUUUUUCUCACAAUUAAAUCCGCACAUUAUUCGUUGCUAAUUAGUCUCUUAUUCUGUAAGUGAAAAAAAAUGCCAUUUUGAAAAGUAAAUAUUUACUUAGUGUCAUAUGAUCAUCUGCCAUCUGGUUGAGCUUACCUACCAGCUACGAUUGAAAUUGCUCCUUCUAAAACUUCGCAAAGUCUGAAAGACUGGCGUCCGGGCCUUGCAUUUAACGGCCUAAAAACAUUAUUCCUUUAAUUGUCUUCCCUCAUUCAGGGACACUCAACGAGAAUAUAGUUCAAAACCACUUAAAUAUAGCAUUGUUAAACGUAUUUUAGUAUUUAAACGGUAGAUAUAGGUUGGAAUAUUUUUAUCACCUAAACAUUUUUGACCCGUUCGGUUUUCCUAGCUGAAAGUCUAGUGAUCCGAAAAUUAUAGGGAUCAAAACUUACGUUUUCGAAAAUUUCAGCCAGACAAAAAGGCUCCCGAAAAUUCUAGAUGACCUUUUUACGGUAAAAAUCCGUUAUUAAUGGGCAAUUACACCAUUUUUUAGAUGUUCGAAAAUAAUAGGAGAGGUAGGCAAGCAGGAAAUUUUACAACAAUUGUUCCGAAAAUUCUAGAUCUCAAAUCGUCUUCCGAAUAGAUAUUUUCCGAAAAUUGACGGUGGGUGCCCCUGCUCAUUCCUUAGCUCAUAAUUUCUAACGCCUCUCCUUCGAGAGAUAGAUCCAAACUUUGACUUCACAAGGAGAUAUUGGAUAUUGAUACCUCGUACGUACAGUUUAAGGGAGGUGGCUAGCCCCAUCAGAGACAAAGGUACAAUGUAAGUGCUCGUUGUAGAGAGGAAGCAGUUAUCGGAAGGUCAAUUUUGCGUAGAAGAAAUGCUGAAUGUGGUGUACUGAGAAAACUGAAAACAAAUAAAGUAAAUGCAAGGAGCGGAAGUCUGUAUGCAUCAGUUUGCACGCUGUACUCUUCUUCAUAAAUAGUCGUUGUAGAAAAGUCAUUUGGGCCGUUGGAACGCAAGUAAUUGGCCUUUACGUGGAAUCAUAUUUUUUUCAAGGGAUUGCAGUUUCGAAUUAUAUCAAUUGGAAACGCGGUAGAUAAAUCACCCUCCAUGACAUUACCUUUACGAAACUUAACCGCAGUAAAAAGUCAUGUCUUCGGUGCCAAUACAAAUUUCCCCGGAUUUAGAGUACGUGGCUGUCUUCGCACUACGUAUUUUUUUUUUUUUUUGGCAAAGAAAAAAAACCUGUCAACAGGUAGCCAUUUCUACCAAAAUUUUUGCAACUGUCAUCAAACUUCAAAGAUGCUGUCGAGAAGCUAUGGAGGCCUACAACUUCUGGUCAGGCGACAAUCUUAUCUCGCGAACAUGACCAAUUCAAGUUUCUUUAAUUGACGCUUUCGGUCAGACGAAAAAUUUUGCGUGUCUCACAUGCUAACAAGGUUGCAAAAAUGAAAAAUUGGUGACACCAAACUCUAUUUUUCUUCGCAGUGUGAACAGGGCCUAUCUCUGGCAGCUUGUCGUCCUUUCACCACAACGCCAGAGGGAAUGUCCUGUCCAAAAGCCGUGCACCUAAAAAACCAUUGCCGGCUGACAUAACUACGGUAGUUUAGUCUGGUAAUCCAGUCUAGUCUGCGGGGUCUAAUCUCUAGUCUAGUCUAGUCUAGUCCGGUAUAGUCCAGUCUAGUCUAGACUGUAGUCUAUUGUAGGCGAGUAUAAUCUAGUCUGGUACAUGUAGUCUUGAAAGUGGACUUGAAUGCCCCUUCCUGCCACUGAAGGCUAGCAAUACAGGGCCGAGGAACACAGAAAUAGCUUGCUUGAAUAAGGUUGCGUUUUGAAAGAAACCUUUAUGUUGAGAAAAAAAGUAGAGCCUUCCUUAGCCUUCUGAUGAUUUAUAGAUGUUUAAGAUUCAUAUUUCCAUUUAGAAGCGAGUGUGCGUAGUUGUUGCAUAAAUUAUGCAAUAAUUAUGCACACCGCCUCUACGCAAUGGCGAGCCACGGCGUGACUUAUGACGUGAUGGGUAUAACUUUCGUUUCAGUUUGGGUGUUGUGGCACAUUACACGAAGUAUUUUUUUUGUUGUUGUUUAGGGUGUGGUGUAAGACCUCCUUUACCACGAGUCAUCGGCGGACGUGACGCCCCACGGCAUUCAUGGCCUUGGCAAGCNAAGGUUGCAAAAAUGAAAAAUUGGUGACACCAAACUCUAUUUUUCUUCGCAGUGUGAACAGGGCCUAUCUCUGGCAGCUUGUCGUCCUUUCACCACAACGCCAGAGGGAAUGUCCUGUCCAAAAGCCGUGCACCUAAAAAACCAUUGCCGGCUGACAUAACUACGGUAGUUUAGUCUGGUAAUCCAGUCUAGUCUGCGGGGUCUAAUCUCUAGUCUAGUCUAGUCUAGUCCGGUAUAGUCCAGUCUAGUCUAGACUGUAGUCUAUUGUAGGCGAGUAUAAUCUAGUCUGGUACAUGUAGUCUUGAAAGUGGACUUGAAUGCCCCUUCCUGCCACUGAAGGCUAGCAAUACAGGGCCGAGGAACACAGAAAUAGCUUGCUUGAAUAAGGUUGCGUUUUGAAAGAAACCUUUAUGUUGAGAAAAAAAGUAGAGCCUUCCUUAGCCUUCUGAUGAUUUAUAGAUGUUUAAGAUUCAUAUUUCCAUUUAGAAGCGAGUGUGCGUAGUUGUUGCAUAAAUUAUGCAAUAAUUAUGCACACCGCCUCUACGCAAUGGCGAGCCACGGCGUGACUUAUGACGUGAUGGGUAUAACUUUCGUUUCAGUUUGGGUGUUGUGGCACAUUACACGAAGUAUUUUUUUUGUUGUUGUUUAGGGUGUGGUGUAAGACCUCCUUUACCACGAGUCAUCGGCGGACGUGACGCCCCACGGCAUUCAUGGCCUUGGCAAGCUGAGAUUCUGGAAAUCCGUGACGGGGAGUGGAUCCACAAGUGUGGGGCGUCCUUGAUUCACCCGGAGUGGAUCGUUACAGCAGCUCAUUGCUUAUUUACACCAGAUCCAAGGAUUUACAAGAUUGUGUUAGGUUUGUAGAAGAUUUAGGACCUUUGAGGUUUAGUGGGUGGAGAAAGGGGUGUUACUGAGUCCCGAUUUACCAAGUACAUGUAAUAACAUGAAGUGCUUUUCUAAUUUGGUAUGCGCCCCUCGGUCGACUCAAUUCAAGGACCGGACCUAAGCAAGGGCGUGGUAUUAUGUUUGCAAAGGUAAAUUUAGGAAUAUGCUAUUUGCCUGCUAUCCAGUUCUAACGCCUAUACUGUUAUCAAGUUUUCCCACAAAGCUGCAUUUACGAAUUCCGCCCCUAGCAAUUGCAUCCUGUGUACCAUAAAGCUCCUCCAUUUUUUUUUUCUAAAUUACAAAAGUUUAUUUACAAACUUCCUUAAAGAAGAAUGCAGUUUUGCACGUUUGCCUUUUAACUUAACUUUGCUUUUUUUCGUUUUUGUGUUUGUUUGUUUGUUUAUUUGUUGUUGUUGUUGUUUUUUUUUAACAGGUGAGCACGAUCGCACUAAGGACGAGGGAACGGAGCAAUAUUUCGAUGUAUCACAGUUAUACCUUAAUAAACAUUUCCAAACGUACAGUGGUUACGGUCACGACAUCGCUCUUAUCAGACUCUCCAGGCCGGCGAUACUAAACCGAUAUGUUAGCCUUGCUUGCCUUCCGAGGCCGAACGAAAGAGUGGCUACUGGCAAGUUAUGUUAUCUUACAGGUAACGCACAUUUAAAGGUUGUAAUGGUGAUUUCUUGGCUUAAGAUUUCUUUAAGUUGGGUCACACAUCACUUAGAUGGCUUGCUGACUUACUUUUUGACACGAUGGGAAAAUAAAUCUCUAAAAAAGUAUGUUUCCCCCAUCCUUAAGUAGUUCCAACACAUAUCGUAUACAAGGCCCUAAGAGGCAUUUAAUCGAACAAGUCAGGGGGGUCUGAUCCCGUCCCGGGGAAAGUCUGGAGAGAGUUUGCUUUUGAACUUUCACCAGUCAUCACUAAUAUCUCUAAUGCCUCGAUGGUACAAGGAUAGGUCCCUGUGUUUCUUAAGCAAUCCGAAGUUGUCCCUGUACUAAAAUGUUCGCCACCCAAAGUAGUUGAACAAGAUCUUCGGCCUAUUUCUCUCACGCCCCAUAUUGCAAAGGUCAUGGAAGGGCUUACGCUGGAUUCCCUCUUCAAGCAAGUCUGUGACAAGCUCGACACCCACCAGUUUGCCCUGGCCGCGAAGUCCACAACUCACGCUCUUGUUUUCUUUCUCCAAGUCAUCCUUGAGGCCCUUGGCCAAUUUGACACUUAUGCACGCAUCUUCUUACUGAUUUCAGUAUAAAGGUUUUGAGGUUUAGAUUUAGUCGAUGACAAUAUCCUUAUCCAAGAAAUGGACCUGCUGGGCGUGCAUGAGGCCACUAUCAGAUGGAUCGGCUCUCUUUUAACGGGCCAUUCACAAAUAGUGGCAAUCGGUCAGGUCAAGAGCCAUAAUAGGACAGAGAGGGACACUCCCAGUCACGCCUUUGGGAUAUCUUAAUCCCAAAAAAGUUAUUUUUAGAACUAUGCGGACCAUACGGAAACAGUUUCCGGUAACCUGGUUGACUUCCGGAAGGUUCAGCGCCAAAGCGAGGCCGGGUCAAUAAAUGAAUAAAAUGGCUGCCUAAGUGGAGGGAUGAUGUGGAGGGUUUGUACUUGAUAAAUUGUCCUUCUUCAACGACGAACCUACCAUAGAAACUGGUUAAAACUUCUACACAAACGGAUCCUUUACAAGAAACGGUAGAAAUCGGUUAAAGCGACCGCGUGACCAUCGUUUUUGUUUGAACAGCUGGAAAGAGGACAAGUAGCAUUGCGGCCGGAUAAGCGUUGCACACAAAACACGCGGGUCCUACAAAGACGACCGUACAAGCGACCAUGUGGACGUAUUUUCUAUUGAAAGAGGAAGGAGAGAGCGUAUAAAGGUUUCCAGUAUUUUUGUCAAGGACAUGACCAGGGAUCAUGUGGAAAACACCUUUUCCUGCUUUGACUGAUAUUUUGUACCGUGCUUCACAUUGGACAAUAACAAUUAAGCACUUUAAUAUUCUUGAACACGAGGUGAAUAGAAGCGGAAUAUUUGCGGCGAGGUUAAUAUUCCUAAAGCCACUGUUCACCAAGAUUAAAAAUCAGUAAGGAGACCAUUUAAGUUCAAUUUGAUUGACGGUUUUGACGGAUCAAUUCAUGUGUGAAAAUCGGUAUGUGCAAAAGUUUGAUCUUUACAGAAUUUUCAAACAGUGCAAAUCAAAUCGCAGUUAAAAAAUCCUUUCGCAAACAAUGGCCUAAUGGGUUAUAUGGAAUCGCCAGAACUUUAAAUUCUGCUUCCCAGCCUGUGAAGAAAAGAAGAGCUUUGUUUUCAUCUGUCGACUCGCCAAGUCAGGGAAAAGGUUUCUUGUGCAGCUUGUGUUGUUCUUUAAUAAGUGCAGACAAUGGUGGCCCGGUGACUCGAGGUAAGGCGCCGUUUCUCUGUAGUUUUCUUGACAAUUUCGUAAAGAUUUUCUUUUAUUUUUUUUUUCUAAGUUGAAUUUGAUUUCUGGGGAAAAUCCGCCUUUGAAGGAAACGUUGAGUUUACAAAACCAUCUCUUCUAUUCAAUUAAACUGUAAUUGUCAACAUUCCAUCGAGCGAAAAAAUGGACCCUAGGACUUUGCCGAAUUCUGAAAGGUUCUUACUCUAAAAAAGACUGGCAAAACACCGAUCUAACGCAUUAGUUACUCGCGAGUCUAAAACACUACAAAGACCACUGAGUGUGUAUCCUGAAAACUAUUUUUGCUUGUAAAAGCUUUAUUUGUGUAAGGUUAUUUGUGUUUUUUCAUGUUGCAAACGGUGUUGAAAUAAAUACGACAGUAUGAUAAUCUCAUCUGGAGUUUAUUUACUUUAUGUGGUUUUACCAAGCCUCAUAUUCUCCUCAUAGACCUGUAAUAAUUAACCUUUACAGAUCCUGCACCAAAAUAUGUAGGUAAGAUUUCCAUACAACCCCAAACAUUUGUUAUGUGUGUUAAAUAAUAUAAGCUUGCUGCAUGUAUAAUAAAUGUAGGGGUUUGACUGCAAAUCGUACCACAGCAUAAUUCAAGCUUCAGGCAUUCAUGAAUGCAUAGGACCUUUUGAUGUUGUGUUUGCCACUUAUUGAUCCAGCAAGUUUUCUCUAUUUUAGUAAGCACUUAUGGUUUUAGGUGUUGGCUGCUGAAUGUAGUGUUUUUUUUUUCAUUGUAGAAAGCUCUCAAAAGUAUGAAGAAUAAAAACUACUGCAAUAAGUUCAAACUGUGUAUAGCUUCUUGCUGAGUUGUGUCUUAUUUUUUAUACCCCCCUUCCACACAGAAAAAAAAUACAAACCUAAUUACUCUUUUUCUAUAGUGUACGGCGAAACCUGUAUAUUUAAGCCGACUCCAUAUUAAAAGUUACAUCCUAUGUUAAGCAGAUGAAUAGCUCAGUGUGUUUGAAAAGUUUCUAACCAUAUUUUCAGAAAAACAAUGUUUUCAAAAAUAAAUGCAUCCAUACCCAUUUUAAGGGGUAUUUUCUUUGGGUUAAAAGGUUUCAACCAAUCAUAAGAGCUGCAAACAAUAGCCAACUGAAGAAAACUUUACAUUAAUUUUAAGUUCCUGACAUGGGAUAUCUGUUUUAUUCAGACUCAUAAGAAUUUGUUAUAAGGAUUCAUAUACAUGCUGCUUUGCAAAGUUUUCUUGAAUUUUGCUGCCUAAACGAAUCAGAAGUAUUACAGACAAUAGUAAAGUGAGCACCUUUUUGCAUUUCAACAUGUUUAAACAUUGACUUUAUUAAUAUUAAUGUUGCAUUCUAAUGCUCUUAAAGCCGAGUCUGCAGGCAGAGCAAGUUUGUGUAAUCUUUUGCUUUUAAGGCAUCCUGCACCGUGACACCCCAAUCUUUCCCUUUAAAUAAUCUAAGAAACUCACAUGUUGGCCUGCACAUUAUGAUUGAUCAGGGUAGGCCUCGUGCAACCACUAAGAUAUCACAGGAGAUUUAGGCUGUUAUUAUCAGUUAAGCUGAUCAGUAUAGGUGAGCAUAUGACCUUCAUUGAGGAAGGCUUUAAGUUAAAAAUGGCAGUAUCAAAUUAAAAUAAAAAUCAAUAAGAACUUCCUUUGGUCACACCUUGACCUCUUAAUUAGGUCAAGUUUCUUUUAUUGGUGAGUUAAUCAAUUCAUGCAUCUGCAUGGGUUGCAUUGAGGGAGACAUUCUGGAACAAUAAAACAGUGUGUGUGACUGAAUCAAUGUAUCUAUUCAUGCCAUGGCUUGAAAGAGGCAAUGUCAAGGAAAGCAUCUAGAGGUAGACAAAUUAAUAUUAAUGUAUUGUGUACAAUAACAUGUGUGUCACUCAGUUGGUCACACUCUUCCCAGUACUCCUCAAAUUUCAAAUCCCAAAUGCUUUGGCAGCCACAUAGUUUAACAAAAGUAUAAAAAAUAAGUAAUGAAUAAAUAAAUAAGUGCUCCCUUGCCCCAAAAUAUAGAACUUGCACUGUUUGUCAAGCCUGCACAUUAUUUUCCCCACUAUUAAUUCCGUGGCAAGGUCAUCCAGACAUCUUAAAAGAUAAUUCAUGAUUGCUAGUAGUAUUGUUCCUUUAAUUCAACCUGUCAGAAAACAACAGAAAAGUUUGCAGAUACUGAAAGACAUAUAGACUGCAAGCAGUCUCUCUUUUGCUCGAGAAUCUGUAAGGGAGAGUAUUUGAGCAGCAUAUUCGAAUUUGCACCCUCACAACUCACGGGACUUCGCUGCUCAAAUACUCUCGCUUACAGAUUUUUGAGCUGAAGAGAGACUGCUCACAGUGUAAAAGACAUACAACAUAAAAAUGAUGUACCAGUUUUAUGAAACCUUUACAUGUAGUAUUUUAUAUUAUACCUUCAGGGGGGAGCCAGCCUGGCAUAAGGACUCAGUUCUUCUCUCUUUGCACCCUCACUCAUCCUUCUUUUUACCAUCUAUUUUUAUGCAUAUGAGCUUGUUAUAAAUAAAAAAGAAAAACUUGUAUAAUUAGAAUUAGGCAGACAUCCACACAAAAUUUGCUGCUUUCUGCUUAUCAGAGAUAUCCACUAAAUACAGGUUUGUUUUUCUUAAAUCAUAGAAAGAAACGUUUUGCCACAUUUUGAGCUAUUUGACUGCUGAAUACAGGGUGUCUGCUUCAUAUGGGGUCUGCAUAAUACAGGUUUCACCAUACAAUGUAGAAAAUGAGUUAAUUAGCCUUUCACUGAGGAGGGGAGGUACAAGAAAUAAGACAUAAUUAUAAACAAGAAGCUAUACAGAGCUUGAACGUAUUGCAGUAGUUUAUAUUCUUAACACUUCUGAGUGCUUUCUAUAGAGAAAAAAAGAAAAGACUACAUUCAGCAGUGGACACCUAAAACCAUGAGUGCCUAAAAAGUAGACAAAACUUGCUGGAUCUAUAAGUGGCAAACACAACAUCAAAAGGUCCAAUGUGCAUCCAAACCUCUACAUUUGUUAUCCAUGCAGCAAGCUUAUAUUAUUUAACACACAUAACAAAUGUUUGGGGUUGUAUGGAAAUCUUACCUAUACAUUGUGGUGCAGGAUCUGUAAAGGUUAAUUAUUACAGGUGUAUGAGAAAACUAUGAGGCUUGGUAAAACCACAGAAAGCAAAUAAACUCCAGAUGAGAUUAUCAUACUGUCGUAUUUAUUUCAACACCGUUUGCAAAAUGAAAAACACGAAUAACCUUACACAAAUAAAGCUUUUUUAAGCGAAAAUCGGUUUCAGGGUACACACUCAGUGAUCUUUGUAGUGUUUUAGCCUCGCGAGUAAAUAAUUCGUGAGCUCGUUGUUUUGCCAAUUUUUUAGAGUACGAACCUUUGGAAUUCGGCAAAAUUCUAGGUUCCAUUUUUUGAAGGUAUGAAAGGACUUCAAAGUUGCAAAAGACCGUUUUCAGAUUAACUUUAGCAGUAUUUUUUGCUCGAUGGAAUGUUGACAAUUACAGUUUAAUCGAGUAGAAGAGGUGUGUAAACUCAACAUUUAAAGACAAAUUUUCCCCCGACAUCAAAUUCAACUGACUUAUGAGGAAAAAAUGAAACCAAAUCUUAACGAAAUCUCGAGAUUUCAGUUAUAAAUUAAUCAGGACCGAGAAAACUACAGAGAAACGGCUCCUUACCUCGAGCAACCGGGCCACCAUUGUCUGCACUAACGAAGAACAACACAAAUUAGCUGCACAAAAUACCUUUUUCCCUAACUUGGCGAGUCAAAGCGCUACUUUUCUUCUUAGGUUUGGAAGUACAAUUUACAGCUGAAUUUAAACUUCUGGCGAUUCCAUGUAACCCAUUAGGCUAUUGUUUCCUAUUUGAUUUGCAAUGUUUGAAAAUUCUGUAAAGAUCAAACCUAUUGUUUACUGAAUAUUAACCUCGCCGCGAAUAUUCCGCUUCUAUUAACCUCGUGUUCAAUAAAGAAUAAUUGCUAAUUGUCCAAUGUGAAGUGCGGAACAAAAUAUCAGUCAAGCAGGAAAAGGUGUGUUCCACAAGAUUCCCGCCUUCCCGGUCAUGUCCUUGACAAAAAUACUGGAAACCUUUAUACGUUCUUUUUCUUCCUCUUUCCAUAGAAAAUACGUCCACAUGGUCACUUGAACGGUAACGCUUAUCCGGGCCGCAAUGCUACUUGUCCUCUUUCCAGCUGUUCAAACAAAAACGAUGGUCACGGGGUCGCUUUAACCGAUUUCUACCGUUGCUUAUAAAGGACCCUUUUGUGUUGAAGUUUUAACCAGUUUCUAUGGCAGGUUCUUCGUUGAAGAAGGACAAUUUAUCGACUCCACAUCGUCCCUCCACUUGUGCCGCCAUUUUUUUAUUUGUUGACGCCGCCUCGCUUUCGCGCGCUGAAUCGUGAAAGCGAGUCUUCCGGAAGUCAAUCAGUUUACCGGAAACUGUUUCCGCGUGGUCCGCAUAGUUCUAAAAAUAACUUUUUUGGGAUUAAGAUAUCCCGGCCAACGCCCUGAGUGUCCCUCUCUGUCCUAUUAUGGCUCUUGGUCAGGUUUAUUCGCAUCCAGUUACACCGAAUGGGGGAAUACCACAAGGAACAAUCUGUGUAGGGACUAAAGAUAUAGGAUUAAAUACGUUGAUGACACCUCGGUAUGUGAAUCUAUUCCUCGAUGUUCGCCUAACUACCUUCCAUUUAUUGUUGCAAAUAUUGACACCUACGCUUCCAUGAGUAACAUGCGGCUUAAUGAGAAAAAGUGUAAAGAUAUGGUUAUCAAUUUUUUGAAGUAUCAAUCCACUGUUAUAACACCGAUUCAGCUUAAUGGUAUAGUCAUUGAUAGAGUAUCCAGUUACAAACUCUUGGGAGUUAUUAUCUCUGAUGACCUCUCUUGUAUCUAUAAAAAAAGCUACUAAGCGAUUGUCUGUGCUGCGGACCCUCAAGAGAGUUGGACUGGGCACUAACUAUCUCGUGUUAGUCUACUGUAGUAUUGUUAGAUCCAUUGUUGAGUAGGCCUCGCCAGUUUGGGCUGCAAUCCCUUUAUAUCUGGACGACUUAAUUGAGUCUGUACAGCGGAAACCUCUCAACAUAAUAUUUGGCCGGGUGGACUAUACGGACGCCUUGAUCUUGGCCGGCCUGGGGUCUCUUGGUGACAGGAGAGUAGGAGCUUGUAAGCAGUUUACGGCUACUGCACGCCAAAUGUCCCCCCUUAAGAACAUCAUCCCCUCUCCUGCCGCUAUUGAGUCUCAUUACAGUAUAAGGGUCCAACUUCCAAGACGUCAACAUGGUCAAACCAAAAGAAUUAAAAAUAAUGACUUUGUAACUUAUAAUUUCACUGAAUGUAUGUAAAUGGUUAAUUGUAUGGGACAAUGACCUCCCCCAACAAUUCAGUUAUUGCUGCAAGUGGGUGAAAUAAACAGACUAUAAAACUAUCUAUCUAUCUAUCCAUCCAUCCAUCCAUCCAUCCAUCCAUCCAUCCAUCCAUCCAUCCAUCUAUCUAUCAAUCAAUCAAUCAAUCAACGCUGGUAACGCCUAAAUGAACUAAACUAUCAUCCCGUCCUUACCCGGCGCGAGGCUUAAUUCUCACCCGACUAACAAGUAAAACUGGAGAAAAAAAGGGCUUAGUUUGGAAGAUUGUCCGUUCUUAUAUUUCUUGACUAUAAUAUUCUUGGCUGCCUUCAAGACUCAAGGAGAGGCGAAAAGAAAAGUAUGAAGAUGCGUGUAAUCAUGCUCCAACGAGCACAGAUCUUCGAUCAUGAAAAGUGCUUCUGAUCACCGGGGAAGGCUAAUUAUUUUCUGUAAUUAAAGAAUACAUUUUCACUGGGACGUGUUUCAUAUACGACUUCAAAAAUUCACUUACUUUGUUUCUAUUAAAUCUAGUUCAACAAACUUUUAACUGCAAAAGUAUAAAAAUUCUGAAGGUAACUUUGACUAAGUCAAAUCAAUAAAGACAGAAAUGAAUGAAAAGAAACGAAAAUAAAAGACAAAAACUCGUUUUGCAGGUUGGGGGGUACAAGUUUACGGAGGAUCUAAAGCUGACAUUUUGCAACAAGCUCAACUGCUAACGGCGAACCACUCGACAUGUUCAAAUGGAAACUCGCAUUUCCAGCCGAUCGAUGAUGAGUCUAUGCUUUGCGCCGGGGAUCCGAAAGCAAGUGGGUGCAAUGGAGACAGUGGCGGACCCCUAGUUUGUGAAGAAAGCGGGAAAUAUGUCCUAAGAGGUGCCGUAAGCUGGGGUAUCCCCAAGUGUCCAGGCGGGGAUACAUUCUCUGUGUUUACGCGAAUAAGUUCUUUUAUUACUUGGAUUGAAGAUCAUAUCAAGAACAGUGACAUGUAUUAGUCUGGGCAUAAUUUGAUUACAUUUUUUUUAACAAAAGUGAAUCGAACAUGAAAAUAUGGCGAAAGGGUGGAAGAAGAACGUUUAAGCUACAAUCAUCUACAAUAGGCGAUCGACAAAUAAAAAUUGUUGAGCGAGAGAACAACAACAAUACUUAUUUUUACUCAGUCUU